CACCGUAGAUAUCAGUCCAGAAGGUUUACACAGUUCGGCAUGAGAUGAAAACCUGGUUCGUCGACUCAACUUCAUUUUCACAAAGGGGGCAUAAAUUGUCUUCAAAUGUAAAGCGUGCACAGAGUAAUUCUUUAGAAGGAUACAUAUUGUUCAUAAUUUUAAAGUCUGUAUCUUUUGCUUGAAUUUAAGAACUCUGGUAAGGGACGUGAAUCAUGAAGACUGACGCACAUGCUGGUGCUAAGCAAAAAAUCCCAAUUCAAGACAGGCUCCCGCUACAACCAAUCAAAUUCGCGCUACAUUGUUGAACGACCAAUCAGCGUCAGUUUUAUUGCUCGUCGGGCGGGACUUCCGGGUGGGUGUGCAAGACACAGUAGGAAGAGGAGGUCAAAUGCGUUACUGAGUUUGAUAAACGUGAGGCUGUCUCCAGGAAAGACGCAGGUAGAGAAUAAUUGUGUUUGAUUCACAAUAGAAGAUACUGCUUACAGUGCAGAGAUUAGAGCUUCGGUUAAGUAGAGAGCAGCGGUGUAGAGGUGGUAGUUCCUGAAGGCAACACAGAUCAUGUUAGCUAAAAGUCUGUGCUAACGUCAGUGUCGCGUGUUCAGUUAAGUUAUUACCUUUACAAAUAAAUUAAGAUUUUUGCUUUCCAAUAAUCUCUAUUACCAUAUUGAAGGUAAUGCAUGGUGAGUCUACGCAGACCAUUUGUUUUGGCUGCAUUAACCGCUAGCUCCUGAACUUUGCUGGCCCAUAUUUCGUCUUUGGGAACUUGUCACGGUCACAGCUGUCAUGUUUCACUCUGUUCCCCGACGUCCUAUCUGCGAGAUCGGCGUGAGUACAAUGAGGCUUCAAAGCAGUCGGUUAUUCUGGCGUACUGUGGAGGAGGGCAGGGGAAGGGUCGUGACGGUGCCGUGGCUGGGCAGGAGCAUGGGCCUGCUGCUGUCCUGGAUCCAAAGGGCAGGUGUCGGUGCCUGUGAGGCCGCCGCGGGGUCUGGCCCAAAGAGGAAGGGCUUGCUCUCCAUAUUUGCGGACCACUGCGGCUUUGUGACGGGACAGAGGCUUCGGCGUGCCUGUCAGAUCGGAGAACUCUACUCCAACCUGUACUCCGAGCGGACCAGGUGGACCCUGGUUGGGAACAUAUGGCGCAGACUUCAGAACAAGCACGGGUCCAAUGGGAGACUUUUCGCGGCCCUGGCAGGUGUGUUCAUGUGGGAGAACGAGAAGAUCAACGAUGAGGAAAUUCGCAGGUGUGGAUUUGAGCUACAGGCGAUGGAGGCAGCCAAAAGUCAAAACAAAAAUUCAGGGCCAGCAGCAGGACAGCCGGAACCCGGCUGGGAAGUUGUGAUGGAGAGGAAGGACUUCAAAGUUUGGAAGCGCCCCAUUCCCAACAGUCAUCUUUAUGAAUACAGAGUGUUGGGCUCCUACAACGAUGUCUCCCCAAGACAGUUUUUCAACGUGCAGUUGGACACAGAGUACAGGAAGAAGUGGGAUUCUCUGGUGAUCAAGCUUGAAGUGGUGGACAGAGAUGUUAACACAGGCUCUGAGGUCGUUUACUGGGCUACACAGUUCCCCUAUCCCAUGUACUCAAGGGACUAUGUGUACGUGCGCCGCUAUGAUGUUGAUUUAGAAAACAACCUGAUGGUCCUGGUAUCCAGAGCUGUGCAGCAUCCAAGAGUCCCAGAGACUCAAGACUUUGUGAGAGUCCAUUCAUACCAGUCAAAGAUGGUCAUUCGCCCUCACAAGUCCUUUGAUGAGAACGGUUUCGAUUAUCUACUAACCUACAGCGACAACCCUCAGACUGUCUUUCCCCGUUACUGUGUGAGCUGGAUGGUGUCAAGUGGUAUGCCUGAUUUUCUGGAAAAGCUGCAUACUGCUGCCUUGAGGGCCAAGAACUUAGAAGUGGGGAUCUAUGACUACGCGGGAGUCAUUAAAUCCAGUGACACCAACCGCCAGGCAAGCCAAGAGCGACUGAGUGGAGAAAACCCCCACACAGGAAGUUCUGGACAGAUGUACGCUUGAGAUUAAUAUUUCACAGACUGAGGGUUAUGUUAGUGUGCUUUCACUUGCAAAUGAACCCAAACUAAACCCUCCAACCCGAUCGCCUUGGGUACCGUGAAUUGCAAAGGGAAGUUGCAACAAAGGUGAAAGACAAACAUGUCCAUCCAUAGACAUGGUUGUAUUGGUUGUAGAUAUCAUGUCACAAGAACACCAAACUGUAUCUGUGACAGCAAAACGCCCCUUGGAAGGGAAUGCUGCCAUGGAAAUUUUCACCCAGACUGCUGGCAUUAGCAUUUAUUUUGCUUAGCCAAACAUUGCCUCAUGGCCUUUUUGCCUCCUUUGGUUAUGAUGUAUGUUUUAGAAGCGUGGGUAAGAUCGAGCCAUAAUUCCUCAUUGUUUUGAUGCUUUUGCCAAAGCACUGUUUCCUGUUGUUUUAACAUCUGUACUUCCAAUGUUUAGCAAGGCGUUGCUUUAAAACUGUUUCGCCAGAAGCCACAUCACUGAAGUGGUUUGUUUGUGGUUGGAUCCAGACAAGUUGUGGAAAUGGUUUUGCAGUACUGGACAUACAUUGGUUACUGUGACUGUCUAUAGGUCGAGGUUGAUUACAAAACGUAAGAACUACAAAUAAGAUAUCUGCACUGAUGAAAAACUGAGGCCAAACGGUGAAGGUGUUCGAAAAUGUUUCUUCAUUUUAUGGAUUCAAACUGCUUGCUUGUCGUCUUGAGUGACUGAUCUCCAUAUAACUGGACCAGAUGGAUUAACAAAGCUCAAACAAAAUGAUGCCAUUGUUGGAAAUUUUGUCCAUGUAAUCGCAAACAGAACUUGGGGCUUCUCUUCGUGUUUUUGAGCAUGCCGUUGUUUCACUGUCAGCACAGUUACAGGUUUCAUUCUGUCAGUCUCACCGUGUUCGUUGAAAACUGCCAGUGUUGACAAAACAGCCUUCUGGAGUUAAACCAGUCCUUCAGCAUUAGGGGCAUAGUGUCUUAUAACAACAACAGAGAUCCUCAGAUUAAAUGGUACUAAUGAGCUUCACUUUAGCUAUUCCAGUAAGAAAACACCUUUUUAUUAAGCCAAUGCCCUUUUUAGGAAAGCAGCACUUGUGCCACACCCCGAUCCAUUAACAUUUCAUGACAGCAAAAAAGUGAAUUGUCCCAUUCUCAUCUUGGCGCUCACAACAAGUGAAGCAAAAAUCACUCAUUUGUGCACCAUUGGAGAUAUGGGUGUCUGUGUUUUCUUUGUGUUACUGUAGAUCUUAUACAUUCAUAAAACUAUUGUCUAAGUACUGGAAAUCCUAUCUUUAUGAUCCCUUAAGCUUCUCCUCUGUUGUGAUUCAUCAGUUUUUGUUAACAAUGUGGAUCCUACUGAAACUCCAGACUUCAUCCUUCCAAAUAAAUCACCCUUUUCUGUUUCUGUAACUGUUUGCAGGGGGUGUUUGAAUGUACAAAGAGCACCACUUGCUUUGGAAUAAACUACACUGUUUACAGCCCGACAAUCUGGCGCAAAUAUCUUGAAAUCUGUGUUUAAAAGAAACAUCUCAUGUUGUGCUAAAGUUUGAUGUUAUCAUUGUCAAAGGUGGUACAUGAGUGAAUGAGCAGCUGUAUCUCAAUGAGGUCCACUUUUGUCAGGAUUUUCUGUACAUUUGAGUAUUAAUAUAUCUAUAUAAAAAUAUAUCCCCACUGUCUAUAAAGAAAUCUGUCAAGGUUUUUCUGCUAUUGAUUAAAAAAGCCCUUAUGAGAUCUACUUGAUAUGUUGAAAGUGUGAAGGAGGAAAUUAAAUGCAUGUUUUUUAAUCUUGUGUGAGACUGACCUAAAAGAAGAUCAUAAUCCAAUUCAACAUUAUGCAUUGUUUGCUAAUGUUAAGCUUGUGAAUGUAUCAUGUUAAUGCUCUGCCACAUGUGUGCCACCUGCACUAGGCAAAAAAAAGGUUGUCAGUUUUUUCCUCUGCAAACAGUAUAACAUUUGUUGUGAUUAGCUACCACACGUGAUUUUUUUUUUUGUACCAGCAGAAGAAUAAUUGUGUGAACUUGAGCUGGUGCACUUGUUACCAUGUGAUUCCAAGAGUAAUUGAAAUGGAAGAGCGACUAAUCGGUCAAAUAAACAGAGCUUCGUGUGUGUCA